CUGACUGCAUCGUGUCUCCGGCGGGCAGGUGGUGACGGCGCGUCGUGGAUCGUGGGCCGUGGAUCGUGGACGGGGAUGUGCGCGCGGGACCUUCGGACCGUACAGUGACUGCUCUCAACUCGCUCCGUUCCCCCCCUUUGACUCGCUUUCACUCGCUGAUACGCGGACAUUAAAUAUUGGUGAAUUUAGUUGAAUUGACGCGCGUGCGUCGUGCUCUCUGUGUAGAGACUUUUGACAUUUUUUUUUAAAUUUUUUCUUUUUUAAUUUUAUGUUGCUGAAUUGUAAAUAAUGGCAUUCGCUAGAUUCAGCAAAAUAUUCCGUCUGCCUCCCAUUGAUCUGAAAAAGAAGCUCAAGCAGUAUGAGCACGUUCACCGGGACAUCAAUCCCAACGAUUUGUGGGAAAUCAUCGGCGAGCUGGGCGACGGCGCCUUCGGAAAAGUCUACAAGGCCAGGAACAAGGAGACUGGAGCUCUCGCUGCGGCCAAAGUGAUCGAGACAAAAUGUGAGGAGGAGCUGGAGGACUACAUCGUUGAGAUCGACAUCCUGGCCAAAUGUGACCACCGCUACAUCGUGAAGCUGCUCGACGCAUUUUACCAUGACAACAACCUGUGGAUCAUGAUUGAGUUCUGCCCCGGAGGUGCUGUGGAUGCCAUCAUGCUGGAGUUGGACCGCGGCCUGACGGAGCCACAGAUCAAAGUGGUUUGUCGCCAGAUGCUGGAAGCUCUGGAUUACCUGCACAGCAUGAAGAUCAUCCACAGAGACCUGAAGGCCGGUAACAUCCUCCUCAUGCUGGAUGGAGACAUCAAACUGGCGGAUUUCGGCGUAUCUGCAAAAAACACCAAAACGUUACAAAGAAGAGAUUCUUUCAUUGGAACGCCCUACUGGAUGGCCCCCGAGGUGGUAAUGUGCGAGACGAUGAAGGACGCGCCGUACGACUACAAGGCCGACGUCUGGUCCCUGGGAAUCACUCUGAUCGAGCUCGCCCAGAUUGAGCCCCCGCACCACGAGCUCAACCCCAUGCGGGUGCUGCUGAAGAUCGCCAAGUCGGACCCGCCCACCCUGGAGCAGCCGCAUAAAUGGUCGAAAGAGUUUAAAGAUUUCCUGAAGAAAGCGUUGGACAAAAACCCAGAGACUCGUCCAACUGUGGCUCAACUCACCGAGCACCCCUUUGUGAAAUCGGUGACGUCCAACCGCCCGCUGCGGGAGCUGGUGGCCGAGGCCAAGGCCGAGGUCAUGGAGGAAAUAGAGGACAAUAGGGAGGAAGGCGAAGAGGACGACACCUUGGAGCUCGCUGUGGCCUCUGCAAAGGAACCGUGCCAGACCAGUUUGGAAGGAGACCAGAGCGGGGACGCGGCGAGCCCGACCACGGCCCCCCCGACCACCCCGGUGCCCCUCCCCAGGAAGGGGGCCGAGGCGCCAGCCGAGCUGCAGCCUGGCCCCGUGGCGGCGGGCCCCGUCCCCCUACCGCGGAACCUCCCCUCGGGGGACCCGGGGGAGCCGAAUGACAAGCUGACCGACGACGUCCUUGCCGAGUCCGAGAGCGAGGCGUCAACCAAGACCUCCAACUCCGAUUCGGGCAUUGAGGACGGGAAGAGCACCCCCACGUCGGAGGAGAAGGUGCCCUUAGAGGUUGCUGUGGGGACCCCAGAGAUGGACCGGCUCCCGUCGGCUCUCCAGCGGGAGGCUUCCGAGGAAGACGUCGACAUCAUCAUCGUGCAGUCGGCCGACCCAGAGGCGCCGCAGGUCCAGGUGGAGAAGGUGGAGGAGAAGAAGGAGGACAAAGCCGCGCCUCCCGGAGGCUUAACGACUGCGGGCGUGAUUCCCGGUGAAACUCCCGCUGCUGCCGCGCCCCCCCCCGCCGCCCCCGCCCCCGUGGACCCUCCUCGGCCGGAGGCCAAUGGUGGGCCAAUGAAGCGCUCCCCAGAGCGGGCGUCGACGAGGGAGAACACGCUGCCUCCUUACAUCACCGGAGGGAUUAUAAACAAGCGGUACUCUUAUUCGGGCAGCGUGGCGUCGGAGAGCAUGGACAUGUCCGUCAACAAGGAGACCAUGUCGAUGUCCGCGAGGGACUUCUCAAGUAAGACUCUUAAACGAACCAGGAAGUUUGUCAUUGACGGCGUGGAGGUGAGCGUGACCACCUCCAAAAUCAUUAGGGAUGAUGAGAAGAAAGAUGAGGAGAUGAGAUUCCUGAGACGUCAAGAGCUACGGGAGCUUCGCUACCUGCAGAAGGACGAGCAGCGUGCUCAGGCUGCUCUAAACGCCAAGCUGGAAACCCAAAGAGAACAAAUGCAGAGACGCAUCGACCAGGAGAUGAAUGCCAAGAAAAAGCACUAUGACACGGAGCUGGAGACCCUGGAAAAGUUCCAAAAGCAAACUAUCGAGAAGAUGGAAAGUGAUCACCACAUCAAACUAAAGGAAGAGACCAAACGCAUCAAAGCCGAGCAGGAGCGCGACCUCCAGAAGUUUCAGGAGCACAUAAAACAAAAGAAAAAGGAGGUGAAACAUUCGGUUGAUAAGCUGCCCAGGAACGAGCGUAAAGAAUCCCUGAAGAUGAAGAUGAGCGCUUUCCAAGAAACAAAGACGAAGGAUGAGGAGAAAUUCUUGGCCGCUCAGAAGGACCACAUGGACACAACGAUUAAUAGAAUCAUCUUUAACAACAAAAGAGAUAUUGCAGAAAUGGAGAAGCAAUGCCUUGAGAAGAAACAGCAGCUAAUCAGAGAGCGCGAAGCGACCGUGUGGGACAUGGAGGAGAAGAACCUUUACGAGAGACACCAGUUAUUGAAGCAGCAGUUGAAAGACCAGUACUUCCUGCAGAGGCACCAGCUCCUCAAAAAACACGAGAAGGAACAAGAACAGAUGCAGUGCUACAACCAGCGCAUGAUCGAGAUCCAUAAAGCCCGGCAGCAGCAGGAGAAGAACCGGCUGCCGAAGAUCCAGCGCGGCGAGGCGAAGACCCGCAUGGCCAUGUUCAAGAAGAGCCUGCGCAUCAACUCAACGGGCAGCUCCUCGGAGGACCGAGAGAAGAUCAAACAGUUUUCUGUGCAGGAGGACAAGCGGCAGAAGGCCGAGAGGCUUCAUCAGCAGCAGAAGCACGAGAGCCAGAUGAGAGACAUGAUCGGCCGGUGCGACGGUAACAUCAGGGAGCUGCAGCAGUUGCAGAAUGAAAAAUGUCACCUGUUGGUUGAGAAUGAGACUCUGAGACUCAAGCACCUGGAUGAACAACACAACCAGCUGAUGAAAGAGUGGAGGGACCAUCUGAAGCCCAGAAAGACGGCCCUUGAAGAUGAGCUAAACAUGAAGAAAAGGGAACAGGAGGCUUUCUUUAGGUUGGAUGGGAAUUCUGAUGGCCCCAACCCAAGUUCUCCCAACAAACUCUCCAAGUUCGUGCCCUACCAAGACUCUUCAACAACAUGAAAACAUCCUGUGAUCAGCUUUACUCUGCUUUGCCUGCUGAUGGCUGCAUACCUAUCCCUCCAUUGGGGUGUUUUAAAGUCAUUUUAGGGAAUAUUUAUGUUUUUACUAAUGCUUUUUUUUUGAAGGAUUAUUAGUUUACUUUUUAAAGGAUUUAAAACUCAUGCGCUUUGGAUGACCCGAAUCCGCUCCCAGUGUUUUAAUUUUGCUUCCUAUCGCCUAUAUCACACAGUGGCGUUGAGUUGAAGAUGCCAAAAGUUAUAGGAAUGAUCUAUUUUUGCAGAGCAAGGAAUAAUGUUUGUUCAUAUGGGCGACAUAUGCACUUUUCCUUUAAUUAUCAGUGCCACCUUCCAAAUAUUAUGGCCUGAAGGGCACCCAAAAUUUGAUAGUCACUGACCAGUUUCUUUCCACAUUUGUCUGUCUUGGAUCACUGACCGCUUUUGGUCCCUAAGUUGUAUAGCAGCAUAUUGUAUUUAUUUUCAUUGACAAAGAACAACCGCAUCCAGAUUGAUCACUGUAAAGGCUUUGUAUUGAUUUGUAAUGGGGGGAUUAAGGGUAAAUCAAGAUACACAUUGGUUUCUUUUUAUAAUUACUGAUUAAAUGAUUUUUUUCUAUGCUCAUUGUUAUUCAUAGUGUGUUGCUAUUGUGGCAUUUCUUUUUGUUUUCUGUUGUAAUUUUACUGUAAAUUCACUCACACUGGAUGGGAACCGAUGAAGCCAAAGCAACAUCUUUGUUCUUUUGAAGGAGGUUGAAUAGGGGAUUUAAGUGUAAUAUGUGCAGUAAGUCCACUGCCUGCAAACCAAAGUGCAAUAAUACAUGUAUGUCUUUGCUAAGCUUAAAGAGGUUUAUUUUCUUAGCACUGAGAGGGGGAAUUAUAUGAAGUUUAACUACAAAAAUUGAAAACUUUUUUUUUAAAGAGUUUCUACCAAUUAAUAUUUUGAAAGCGAUGAUUUAAUUUUAUGAUUUUAUAACUGAACUCUUCAUAUCCUGUUACAAUUCAGCCUGCUGUAAAAUGGCUCUAGAUGUUAAAUCUUAAACUGUUCAGCUGAGGAACAUUUAUUUUUUCUUUUUAAUUGGCCUGAAGAUUCAAAUUGAACCAGGUCAGUAAUCGGGUACAGUUUUAUCUCUCUUCCUUUCGUAAGUUUUCUUAUGCAGAUUAGUUGUAAAGAUUCUCUAUUUUGUUAUGUUUAAUGUCUGCCUCAGUUUACAUUAUAUUGUUUGUAUGGAGGGGAUGUGAGUGUGAAAACUGUAAAAGAAAGAAACCACUGGUGUACAUUACUCAAUAAAGGCAGAUUUUCUAAUAUAUAUAUAUCUUGGCAUUAGUAUUUGUAGUAAUUUGCGUUUUAUAAUUGAAGGACGAGGGAGCCAAGAUUGAAUCA